AUGGAUCUCAGAGACCUAGAAAUCGUCCGUUCGAAUAAAAAAUUUGAACAACUCAAGAAUGAGAAGCGCAGACUCGAGACCGCCGUAGAGGCUUGGGUGAAAAUCAGCGCGGAGUGGCAAGAUCUUCAUCGCAAGUCAUUGCAAAGAUGUACGGAUCUCCAGACGACUGUCACCACAACACUGAAAGAGGCCGCAGCUGGGAAAACAAAGUUGGAACUGGAUUUGAAGAAAAGCAUAAACGCAUCAAAGUUAAAGGACAAGCACCUGGGAAUGUCGUCGGCACGUCUUUCACUCGAAGUUGACAAACGCAAAAGCUUGGAGAUCUCUCUCGCGAAACUCGAAGCUUCUUUAAAAUCCGCCAGGAAAGAAGCAAAAAAACGCGAACCACUCGUACGAGUUGGAAUCGCGGUCAGGAAGAGAUUUUGGGCUCAGAUCAGGGGCAACUUUGGGUUUGGAUGGGUCGACCAAGACUUGAUAAUUGCAGGAAAUGUUGCAGCUCACCAACCAAACAUUCUGGCCGACGAUGCUUUGUUUUCCAUUGAACGAAUGGAGCCAAACGAUUGGCCGUCAGAAGAUUCGGAAAUCGCACUCGAAGGCCAUGAAGAUGUUCCUCUCGAGAAAAUCUACGCAUACUGCCGUUGCACGUUGCUUGCAGAUGCUACGGAAGUAGAGAUAAGUUUUAUCAAUUUCUCUGCAUCCUUAUUGAUUUAUGGCCCGGAUGGGCCGUACGAACUCAUUUCUGCCGAGGAACUUGACGUCUUUCUAGAUAACCAAAAGGAAUGCACACGACUCCUCACUUUUCCGGAGAUUCUAGAUCUUCGUGCUGAAGGUGAUGACACCAAGCCAGUUCCCGGCUACCUAGACAUUAUGGAAACUGUUACCCAGAAGCUCACAAAGAAAUUUCGAGCAUCUACCCUUCAGAGAUAA